AUGAAAUAUAAUUUAAAAAAUGGGCCCUCCUCAAAAGAAUUUCUCGAGUUUAUUGAAGAAACAUUGAGAAAUAUAAAAAAAACUGAAAUCCAAAGAGUAUCAACAAGUGACGAAGAUGUUUUGAUUAUAAUUAAAUAUGUUAUACCUCAUACUGCAUCUUUACCCCAUAAAUACAAAAUGUACUUGGUUGAAAUCUUUAGUUUACCAAAAAAAGUACAAUAUCUUUCACAGUUGCUGGAAUAUACUAAGGCUUUAGACACCAAUGCUAUUAUUCAAGAAAAUAGGAAAACAUCAGAUGCCAACGUGUCUGAUAUUUAUAAAAAAUUUUUGCUUUUUUUUUUACAAAGAGGACAAUAUCUAUCACAAGUGUUGACGGAAAAUUUUCUUUGUGUUAAAAAAGAUGGUAAGUCCCCAUUUGGUAAUAGUAAGAAUAACUUUAAUAAGUUUGAAAUUAAAAUCUUCCAAAGUUUAUAUUUUGGUAGCAAAUUUUAUAAUCUAUUAAGUAAGAUGAUUACUAUUGAUGAUUAUUUGAAGAUCUUAUUAAAAUCAUUCCAAAAAUUAGAUUACACUUUAGGUUCUGGUUCCAAAUAUCUAGGUGAAUUUUUUUGUGAUGCUAUUAAGUUAAACCCAGUUCAUGCCAUGGAUAUUUUUUUUGAGCAUUGGAUUUUUCUAAAAGCGGAGACAUUUGACAAUAUAUUUUUGGACAUUUUUUAUAAGAACUGUGAUAUAUUGCAUAAAAAAAUUUUAUUCAAAUAUAUUAUAAAAUAUUUGAAUAAGUUAAAUGUGCAACUCUACAGUGAUGAUUACCAUGGGAAUAUACCGAAUGUUAUUGCAUAUAUUAUACACAAAUUGAAUCCUGAAUACGGAGAAUUUUCUGCUAUGAUCAAUACAGAUGUAAAUAUUUUAAUUCAGUAUGUUUAUAUUAGAGUACUACCGCCAGUUUGGUUGAAAAGAUUAAUAAACUAUCUAUUUACUCAGUGGAAUAAUAAUGUGGAGAAAAAAAAUGAUAAGGAUUUUAAUGAGGAGUAUGAUAUACGGGUAAGCAAAUUAUUGAUUGUUGCGUUGAAAUGUUUAAAUAACGAUCAAAUAUCUAAUGAAAUAUCAGUAUUGCCUAUCUUCUUAAAUACUGUAACUCAUAGAUUGGAACAUUACCAUAAGGGGGUCAUAGAAAGGACAAUGUGUGUGGCAAAAUUGUGCACGAUGAAUCUUUUGGAAUAUAAGAGUGAUUUUAUACUUGAUGUACCUUCAUAUGAAAUAGAUUUUGGGUUCUGCUCUAAGGAUGCUGUAUGUGACAUUGAUUUUGAACAGCUUUAUGAAACUAAAAAUAUUGACAUUAGAGAAAAUAGUAUAGGCAAUAAUCUAGAAAAAAAAUUUCAGAACAUGGAAAUUACACGUGUGAAUAGAGAAAGGGCCAUUAUUGUAGAUAGUGAUGAUGAGGAUGAGGAUGAGGAUGAAUUGCAGGAUAUUGUUUUUGUCAAGGACCUAUUGGGGUACUUUUUGGAACAUAUUAAAGAUGGAUAUGUUAUAGAAAAACUUUUGCGGAAAUCCACUGAAUUAAUUCGAUCUAAAAGAAAUUUUGUUGGCGAAGUGAAUUACUACGCAGAUGAAUUAUUAGAAACAUUAGUUAAACUGACUAAUGAAUUGGAAAUAAAAAACUUUGAACAAUUGAGAGUAAAUGCUAUAAUAUCAGUUAUAGACGUUGUUCCGGAUAAAAUUUUAAAGUUGAAUGAGAUCUUAUUAACAGAACAAGAGUUAUCAUUACAGCAGAGAAUGUCUAUUUUAACAGCAAUUGGACUAUCUGCGAUGGAACUAAGUGGUGUUAAUGCACAGAAUAUGGUAGAAAAUAAAAAAGCGCAAGGGGAUCUGAUUGUAAAUAAUGAUGAUUGUGUUGGUGAUAAUGAUGUUGUUAGCCUCGAUAAUAAUAAUAUAAUUAGGGGAGAAGGAAAAGUUAUAUGGAAAUCCAAAAAGUUAGAAACGGUAAAUGGUAAAAGAGCUGUGGUGAAAAACAGAUUCCUUACCAGGACUAAUAAAUUUUUCCAACCCCUAGCUAAUGGGUGGUUAAAUGGGAUAGAUAUGGGUACAUUUGAUGUGAUAUUUAAGUUGCAAUAUUUGGAGACGCUAAGAAUAAUAGUAUCGUUGUCUACGGGCAGUAGUGGAUAUGAAGAUAUUAAAGAGAUGAUGAUUAUUAUAAUGGAAGAUGCUGUUAGACAAAAAUUGCCAGUGACAUUUUAG